AUGAAUAAAGAAGCAGAAAAAAUGGGCAAAUGGAACCAAACAACAGUGACUGAGUUUGUUCUUCUUGGCUUCACCGAUCAUCAUACGAUCAAGGUUGUCUUCUUUGUUCUCUUCUUAGCCAUCUAUCUAGUCACUUUGGUAGGAAAUAUUGGUAUCAUCAUAUUAAUCUGGAUCAGUCGAUGCCUCCGCAGUCCAAUGUACUUUUUCCUCAGCAACUUGGCCUUCCUAGACUUCUGUUAUUCUUCUGCCAUUACACCUAAAAUGCUUCUCAAUUUCAUAACUGGAAAGAAAACAAUCUCACUUGCAGGAUGUAUUACACAAAUGUAUGUGUUUGCUUCUUUUGCAGAUGCUGAGUGCCUUCUUCUGGCUGCCAUGGCAUAUGACCGUUACAUGGCUAUUUGUAACCCACUAAUUUAUCCCACUCUUAUGUCCCACAGAGUUUGUUUCGGGUUGGUAGUUGGCUCUUAUCUUAUUGGUAGUGUGACUUCACUAAUUCACACUUAUUAUACAUUUCAUUUGUCAUUUUGUGGAUCCAACAUCAUCAAUCAUUUCUUCUGUGACAUCCCUCCACUGUUAGCUCUCUCCUGCUCUAACACUCACAUUAAUGAAAUUCUUCUUUUUGCCUUGUGUGGUUUCAUCCAAAUGAGCACUUUUUUGUUGAUUGUCAUCUCCUACACCUAUGUCAUUUGCACCAUCUUGAGGAUCCAUUCAGCUGAAGGCCGCCAGAAGGCCUUUUCAACUUGUACCUCCCACUUGACAGCAGUUGCUUUGUAUUAUGGAACCCUUCUCUUUACUUAUUUGCGGCCAAGCUCCAGCUAUAUCCUGAAUACAGACAAAAUAGUUUCUGUUUUUUAUACUGUGGUUUUUCCUAUGUUAAACCCCUUGAUUUAUACCUUGAGAAAUGAAGAAGUAAAGGAUGCCUUCAAUAAAUUAUUGCAAAGAAAACUGGUUGCACUCAGAAGGAUUAGGAGAUUUUUUCAGUGUUUGCACUAG